AUGGGCAAAGGCCCCAGCAAAACCAGCACGAAAGUGCUCCCACUGAUCCCGCUCCCGCCGCCCCUCGCCGUCCUCCCCGGCACAACGCUCAAGAUCCCCAUCAACAACCGGUCCGACAUUGCCGCCAUCCUCGCGAAGAUAUACAGCAUCAGCCCGACGGCGCGGCCAGAUGCGUCCAUCACGGUGGCGUGUGUGCCGCUGUGCUCGAGGCUGCUGAUUGAGGAUGGGCGCCAGGAUCCACGGACUGCGGAGGGCAGGGCGUACGAGAGCGACCCGAUGCUGGCGACCAAGGACGACGUGUUUGGGUAUGCCUGUGUGGCCAAGGUCAGCGGCGUGCAGGGCCAGCGGCGGGGCGAGCUGAGUCUGGUGGUCGAGGGGCUGGAGCGGGUGCAGGUUGUGGAUGUGGUGCAGGAGCGGCCGUACUUUGAGGGCGAGUUGGCGGCCGUGGACGAGCUGAUCGACAUGGCCAACCCCGAGCUCGAGCAGCAGUUCAGCCGGCUCAAGCAGCUGUCGCGCGAACUGCUCGCCCUCGUGCGUCUCUCGGCCAUCCUGCCGCGCGCUCCGACCGUCACACUCUCGCCCAUUGUCGCCCGCCGGCUGGAGCUGUACAUCACGCGCAAGGACCUGACCGAGGCCGGCGCCCUGGCCGACUUCAUGGCGAAUGUCGUCGACUGCUCGCACGAGGAGAAGCUGCGCGUGCUGGCCGCCGUCGACCCCAAGGAGCGCGUCGACCGCGUUAUUGAGAUACUUGAGAGGCAAAUCACAAACAUGCAGGGCAGCACCCGCAUCACAGUCACCACCACGCAGGUCCCCGCCGGCAGCGUCGACCUGGAACAGCUGCGGCGCAUGCAGCGGGCCAAGAUGGGGGGCGGUCUGCCGGGCGGCUUUCCCGCGGGCUUCCCUGGCGGCGGACAGCAGGGCGGCGAGGAGGAGGCCAGCGAGAUUGACGAGCUGAAGAAGCGGCUGCAGGACGCGCAGCUGUCGCCUGAGGCUGAUAAGGUGGCUCAGAGGGAGUUGACGCGGCUACAGAAGAUGAACCCGGCGCAGGCCGAGUACCAAGUCUGCCGCAACUACCUCGAGAACCUCGCCGAGAUCCCGUGGACCAAGCUGACCGUCGACCAGCUCGACGCGGGCACCCUCGUCAAGGCGCGCAAGCAGCUCGACGACGACCACUACGGGCUCGACAAGAUCAAGAAGCGCCUGCUCGAGUACCUGGCCGUGCUGAAGCUGAAGGAGCACGCCAACCGCACCAUCGACGACCAGAUCCGCGCCCUGACCGAAAACCCCGCCGAGGCGAGAGAGAUUGACGCCAAGAACGAGGAGGCGCUGGAGAAGCCGGCGCGGGAGCAGUCGGACGAGGAGCGGCGGCUGCUGAAGCAGAAGCGCAUGGUGGACAAGUCGCCCAUCCUGCUGCUUGUUGGGCCGCCGGGGACGGGAAAGACGUCGCUGGCCAAGUCGGUCGCCACGGCGCUGGGCCGCAAGUUCCACCGCAUCUCGCUGGGUGGAGUGCGCGACGAGGCUGAGAUCCGUGGACAUCGCCGGACCUAUGUCGCUGCCAUGCCUGGGCUCGUCGUCGGCGCCCUGAAGAAGGUUGGUGUCGCCAACCCCGUCAUCCUGCUCGAUGAAAUCGACAAGAUCGGCACCUCCAACCACAACGGCGACCCGAGCGCGGCCAUGCUCGAAGUCCUCGACCCCGAGCAGAACCACACCUUCACAGACCACUACGUCAGCAUCCCCAUCGACCUGUCCAAGGUCCUCUUCAUCGCCACGGCCAACUCGCUCGACACCAUCCCCGCGCCCCUCCUCGACCGCAUGGAGACGAUCCAGCUCUCGGGCUACACGACGCUCGAGAAGCGCCACAUCGCCUCCCGCCACCUCAUCCCCAAGCAAAUCACCUCCAACGGCCUGCAACACGACAACCUCGACAUCCCCACCGACGUGCUCGACAAAAUCAUCACAUCUUACACACGCGAGUCGGGCGUGCGCAACCUCGAGCGCGAAAUCGGCUCCGUCUGCCGCUCCAAAGCCGUCGAAUUCGCCACGGCAACAGACACAAACACCCUCGCGACAUACACCCCCACCGUCACAAUGGAAGACCUCGACGCAACGCUAGGCAUCGAGCGCUUCGCAGACGAACUCACAGAACAACAUAACCGCCCCGGCGUCAUCACGGGUCUCGUCGCUUACUCCUCCGGCGGCCAGGGCUCCAUCCUCUUCAUUGAAAUCGCGGAUAUGCCGGGUAAGGGACCCGUACAACUCACCGGCCAGCUGGGCGCUGUGCUGAAAGAAAGCGUCGAAGUGGCGCUUAGCUGGGUUAAAGCACAUGCUUUUGAACUCGGCCUCGCUGCUACUCAAGACGAGGAUAUUAUGAAGAACCGCAGUAUUCAUGUUCAUUGCCCUAGUGGUGCGAUUCCGAAGGACGGUCCGAGCGCGGGUCUUGCGCAUACUAUCGCGCUGAUCAGUCUGUUUAGCGGUAAGCCCGUGCCGCCUACGCUUGCGAUGACGGGCGAGAUCAGCCUCAGGGGUCGCGUGCUGCCUGUGGGCGGCAUCAAAGAGAAACUUAUCGGCGCGUUGAGGGCGGGGGUCGAGAGGGUGCUGCUUCCGGAGGGGAAUCGAAAGGAUGGACGGGAUUUACCCGAGGAGGUUAAGAGGGGCGUUAAGAUAGAUUGGGGGAAGGGAGAGGGAGAGGGGGAGGGCGUGUGUUUAGUGGUUCUUGCAUUGCGCUUUGGUUUUGAUUGGGCGUUGGACUGGGGUUGGACUGGGUUGGGUGGUGUUUUGGGUCAUGUGUUUGUACUCGACCCAGGAGCGCCGAGUACAGUACGCCGAGUAGUAGGUAGCGAUGUAUGGUCGAUGGGUGGGAAUCUUGCGAGUUACAUUACUCCCCAGAAAUAUGUUUGGUGGAUAGAAGAUGCGCAGAUUAUCGAUCCUAGCUGGUUCGUCACACAGCUAUGA